UCCAAUGCUCACGAGGAACUGUGUGCUGCUGUUCCUCUGGUGUCUCCUGGACAAGAGCUUCGUCUUCGCCACGCGCCCGUCUCACGCCAGGGCAGGAAAGGAGGACCACGGGAGAGCUGGCAUGCCGGGGCUUCACAGAGUCAAACGGGGAUGGGUGUGGAACCAGUUCUUCGUGCUGGAGGAGUACAUGGGAUCCGAACCUCAGUACAUCGGGAAGCUUCACAGUGACCUGGACCGAGGAGACAACCUGGUGAGGUACACGCUCUCCGGAGAUGGAGUCGGAACCAUCUUCACCGUGGAGCCCAUCACCGGGGACAUCCACGCCCUGAGGAGUCUGGACCGCGAGGAGAAGCCGUUCUACAAGCUGAGGGCGCAGGCGGUGGACGUCCUGACCGGCCGGCCGCUGGAACCCGAGUCCACGUUCAUCAUCAAGGUCCAGGACAUCAACGAUAACGAGCCCAGGUUCCUGGAGGGCAUGUACACGGCCAGCGUACCCGAGAUGUCUCCUGUAGGGACGUACGUAACCAAGGUCACGGCGGUGGACGCGGACGACCCCACGUACGGUAACAGCGCCCAGAUCGUCUACAGCAUCCUGCACGGCCAGCCCUACUUCUCUGUGGAUCCCAAAACCGGUGUGAUUAGGAUCGCGCUACCCAACAUGGACCGGGAGAUGAAAGAGUCGUACCAGGUCGUCAUCCAGGCCAAAGAUAUGGGCGGCCAACUGGGAGGACUGGCGGGCACGACCACGCUCAACGUCACGCUCACCGACGUCAACGAUAACCCACCCAGGUUUGCUAAAAGCGUCUUUCACCUGCGGGUCCCCGAGUCGGCGGCGGUGGGCUCAUCCCUUGGGAAGAUCAAAGCUCACGAUCUGGAUUUGGGGACGAAUGCUGAGGUGCAGUACAGGAUCGUACCGGGGGACGCCGGCGACGUGUUCGAUAUCUACACCGAUGAGCGAACACAGGAGGGCGUGGUCGUGCUGAGGGAGACGCUGGAUUACGAGAGCAGAAAGACGUUCAGCUUUAAAGUCGAAGCGUCCGACUCGAACAUGGACGCCCGCUUCUUCCGGGGCGGCUCACACAGCGACUCGGCCGUGGUCAGGGUCAGCGUGCUGGACGGGGACGAGCCGCCGCACUUCAGCAGCUCCGCCUACAGCAUGGAGGCGCACGAGGGCACAGCGGGCACUGCCAUCGGGGCCGUCAGUGCCCACGAUCCGGAUAUAGGGAACAGUCCGAUUAGGUAUUCUCUGGAAUGGGGGUCAGAUUCUGAGAAUUACUUCGACAUCGACCCGGAGAGGGGAACGAUCUCCAGCCGUGCAGCUCUGGACCGGGAGAAGAUUCCCAAACACAACGUCACCGCGGUCGCGACCAAAGUCAACAAUCCGGCCCUGUUCAGUCGAGCGAGCGUCAUCAUCACCGUGCUGGAUGUGAAUGAAUUCCCUCCGGAUCUGUCCAAUCCGAACCAGCCUCUCGUUUGUGAAAACGCAAAAGUAGGCCAGUUGAUCCAGAUCCUCAGCGCUACAGACCGGGACGAUCCGAAUGUAGGACACAGAUUCUUCUUCAAGUCUCCCAGAGAGGCGCGGAACAAGAACUUCACCGUCAGGGAUUAUGGAAAUAACACAGCAGGCCUGCUGAGCCGGCGUGCAGGAUUUCGGAGAGGAGAGAAGAGCGUGUACGAGGUGCCGGUGGUGGUGGAGGACGGCGGCUUCCCCAUCCUGAGCAGUACCGGAACUCUGACCGUCCGGGUGUGCGCGUGCGACGCCUCCGGCUCCGUCCUAAAUUGCAGCGCUGAUGCGUUUCUCCUGCCUUUGGGUCUCAGCACCGGUGCCCUCCUCGCCAUCCUGCUGUGUGUCAUCAUUCUGCUGGUGAUCGUGGUGCUGUCUGUGGCUCUGAAGCGGCACCGGACGAAAGACGCUCUGAUGGCAUCCAAGGAGGACGCCAGGGACAACGUCAUCCGCUACGACGAUGAGGGCGGAGGCGAGGAGGACACGCAGGCCUUCGACAUCGGCACGCUGCGCCACCCGGGGGCCACGGAGGACACGCCCAGGCGAGACCGACCGAAGGACGACAGUGGUGGCGAGGACGUCCGGAUUUACAUCCAGCAGCGUGUGGGGGAGAACUACAUGGACGCCGAAGCGCCGCCGUACGACUCGCUGGCCACAUACGCCUACGAAGGCGAGGGAUCCACGGCCGAGUCGCUCAGCUCCAUCGAAUCUCGAUACGCAGACACCGAAAUCCACGAGGACCUGUCUGUCUGCGAUCUGGGGCCCAGGUUUAGCACCCUGACCUCUAUUUUUACAGAACGUGAAGGUCAGGUGAGAGACGAAACGCAGAGAGAACCCGAGAGCAACCCCGCCGCCCACAGACGGAGGGAUCAGAGCUAAAACCAGACACCUUUCAUUUCCAGUCGUGCACUCGCUCUGAAAAUCCUGGAGCGGUAUUAUUUCAGGCGGAACGCUCCGACUCAAAGCGAAGGCGAAGGCGUGAUGUUUCUUCCAUUUUUUUCUCUUUUCACGCUUCUGCUCCGUUUCAGAAUCAUUUCGGUUGAAAGGUGCAAAUCUCUCGCUGUGUUUUAGCUCCGGUUUCAUGUUUGCACUUGUCAGAGUCGGAAUUUCGGAGGAAAUAAAUCUCUUUUGGAGGAUUUGCAGACGUCUCUUUGAUAUAUAAAAAAAAAGUGCCUCAAAAAUGCUGUUAAGUUCACGACUCAUUUCUCAAAGCUGGGCAAGUUCAACUUCAAACAGGUUUCAGACGUGUUACAGACUAAUGAAUGAAUACAUUAAUUAAUA